AUGCGUUCGAUUAUUGUCCUACUUUUUGGAUUACUUUGCUGCUUUUCGCUGGCUCAGUUGGUGUGCAGCCAAUAUGAUUAUUUUAGUCCUGAUUACGACAAUGACGGUUCUCUAGUAACCACAACAACAACAACAUCCUCCGGCGGCUUAGCACCCAACCCAGCCAUCACCCCUAAUAUCGUCGUCACCGUCGGACCCAGCAACACCACCAGAUCGCCAAGUGAACGUCUCCACCGUUUACAGAAACUUAGACGACAGCGGCGCAGGCGGCAACAGCGGCGUCGACGCCUGCAGCGCGAACGGUUGCUGCACAAGCUGAACCUGGAGCUAAAAUGGGGUUUAUUGGUCAUUUAA